UAAAUAUUCCAUCAGUGAUGUUGUUGAUGUCCAUCGCUCGUGAACACUCCAGUACACCCUCAUUACUGAUAAUAACACUCGUGAAACCGAUAAUGCACGAGUGACGGUGUCUGGUGAUCGAACGAUGCGGAUGGUCAGCUAGUCACCGAUAAACAAAUAGACAUCUGUGUGCAUCUCCGCGCGAACUGCUCCAAUUGUUUUCCAUGUACAAAGUGAUCAGCUCAAGCUGACGUUAAUUGACGUAAUACAAGGGGCAGUGAUCAGUCUCAACGAUAAAAAUUAUUUGGAAAUUCAAGGGGACUGGGGAAUAGUGACUUGCGCCAUUCGUAAUGACUUGAUUGUUCUUUAUUCAUCGAGUUGGCAAUUGUUUUUGUGGACUCGGGGUAUUGAUUGGCCUGUUGUCUCGUUAAUUUAAUUAAAAUUCUUGGGAAUUGGGGGAGCAGAGUUGUUCGGAAUUACGGACGUUAGAGAAUUGUAGAUCGUUGAGAGGUGUCGAGUGAGCUGAUGUAAUGGGGGAUCUCAGCGACAGUGGUGAAACGAUAAGUCUAGUUGUUAAGGCACCGGAUCAACAGAUUCGUGAUCAAGUUGUCAAGUGUCAGCUGCAUUGGACUGUUGCAAGGUUAAAGGAACAUCUUGAAACGGUUUAUCCCACGAAACCAAAACGAUGUGAGCAGAAGGUGAUAUUCUCUGGUCAGCUGCUGGGGGAUUCCAUGGUCCUGCAGGAUGUCCUUCCACAGCAUUACAAUCAGAAUAUCCCACCUGACAACACGUACAUCAUUCAUUUGGUGUGCACGUUGAAAGCAACCACCUGCCAGCCACUGCCGAGCUGUCAGGUAGCACCCAGUACAGUCCGUACACCUGAUAUUUUGACGACGUCGUCGUCAACGGUACAGCAGUACUAUAGUCAACUCAAUAGUCAACAAAUGGCGUGGAUGCAGCAAGCAUAUGCCCAUUAUUUAACACAGUACAUGCAUCUAAUGACAGCCCAAGGAAUGCAGCUGCAGAGCACGAUCCCCUACGUCCAAUCCACGAAUGUCCGCAGGUCAGACGCAGCCAGUGGCGCCAGUAAUCAAGCCCACAGCAACGCAAAUCAGGACGAGGAGAAUGACGAUAACCAUGGAGGCGACCAAGACGGGGUCGAUGCAGGCGUCAACCCUGUGAAUAACAACGUUGGGGAGAAUCGAGAACCCGGUCUCAAUCGAGAUUGGCUCGAUGUCUUUGACGUCGUUGCUCGUGUCGUCGUUCUGUCCAGUAUUAUUUACUUUUAUUCAUCUCCCACGAGGUUUCUUGUGGUCACGUUCCUCGGAUUCGCCAUUUAUCUAAUCCAGGGUGGAUUCUUCAGAGGCCAGCCAAUAUUUCCAAACGAUAAUGGUCGAGCAGAGAACGAUAACAACGCUGACAACGAAGGUGCUCAGCCAGCAGACUCGAUACAUCAAAGAAAUCAGCCCUCAGCUGCUGAAACCCCACCCCAGGAACUGAGGGCGACGAAUCCCAAUGAAGACAAUGGAAGGCCUGGCGCCUGGGCAUUCACGUGGACCUUCUUCAGUUCGUUCUUCGCGUCCCUCAUACCUGAACAGCCACCCCCCGUUCUUUAAAUCAAUCCAGUACCAAAACUAGUUUUUUUCUGCGAAUUUAUCCUUUUACGAUCAGAAGUUUUCCUUCACGCGUACAAUAAGUAAAUUGACGGCAUGUAGAGGGGCUGUGGAUACAGGAAGGAGGCGACACUUCGUUAAAAUACUCUUGAAUAAAACACAUUCAAGUUGUCCCUUGUAAUUAGUUAAAUUCCUGAGCAAGUGUUUCAAUUUAUUUUCGUCUAUUUGUGGUUAUCGAUGGAAGAAGAUAUUCAGAGGAAAGUGUUUUCUCUCUUGUGAUAUAAGUAAAUCAUUCAUUAAUGUUGAUUGAUUUUUAUUGCAUUGAAAAUAAAGUGUAUUCCAAAGAUUUA